ACGUUCUGACAUUUGCAGACAUUUGUGUGUACGAAAGCUGGGAAUAAAUUGUGAAAAUCCAAAUAAACUCCCUACUUAUUGUUAACUCUCUCUUUAUUACUCGAUUAUGAGGAAUUCAAUAACUUGCGCUUGCGACUUAUGAUAGUAUUGGCUUGUUUAACAUGACGGAAAUGAUUCGUAACAUCAUGUCCCUCUCGUAUGCGGUAUGCGCAUUAUUUCUGUUGACGCCUAUUACAGCAUUUUAUUUGCCGGGCCUAGCUCCUGUGAACUACUGUAAAGCCGGAGAAGACAAUGGGAAGUCCUGCAAGAAUGAAAUUCCUCUUUACGUAAACAGACUGAACACAGAAGAAUCAGUUAUACCCUUCGAGUACCACCACUUCGAUUUCUGUCUUUCUGAUGAGACGCAGUCGCCAGUCGAGAAUCUCGGCCAAGUGGUUUUCGGGGAACGUAUUCGUCCGAGUCCUUAUAAGAUAAAUUUCCUGGAGAAUACUAACUGUAAGGCGGUAUGUUCGAGGGAAUACAAAGCAUCCAACACAGAAGAUGUCAAGAAACUGAAUCUAUUGAAAAUGGGCAUGGCUCUGUACUACCAACACCACUGGAUCCUGGAUAACAUGCCGGUCACAUGGUGCUACCUUGUGAAUGAGGGAGGCAAGACAUACUGUAGUACUGGAUUCCCAAUGGGUUGUCAAGUUCGACGUGAUGCUGACUUUUGCUCACCAAUAGUGACCGUACCUCCAGGCCAAGAAGUCGGUGCAUAUUAUCUAUUUAAUCAUGUAGAUCUAGAGAUCACAUAUCACAGUGGCGGAGAUGAGGACUGGGCUGUUGGGUUUGGGGAUAAUGGGGGACGAAUAAUCUCAGCUAAGAUUAAACCUGCCAGCAUUAACCACCCAAAGAAAGACAACCUAGACUGUUCGGUCCACAACAACCCACUUGAGAUACCGAAGUCCUUCACUGGAGACGACACCUUUAAUGUUGUGUACACGUACCGUGUGACGUUUAUCAAGAACAACACCAUCAAAUGGUCGUCCAGAUGGGACUAUAUUCUGGAGUCGAUGCCACAGACUAACAUACAGUGGUUCUCCAUUCUAAACUCUCUUGUAAUUGUACUGUUCCUGAGUGGAAUGGUUGCCAUGAUACUGCUAAGGACGUUGCAUAAAGAUAUAGCUAGAUACAACCAAAUGGAAUGUGGAGAAGAUGCCCAGGAGGAAUUCGGUUGGAAAUUGGUACAUGGUGAUGUGUUCAGACCACCUCGACGAGGAAUGCUGCUUGCUGUGUUCCUUGGUUCUGGUUCACAGGUGUUCGGCAUGACGCUAGUGACGUUAGCUUUCGCGUGCCUCGGCUUCCUGUCCCCGGCCAACCGGGGGGCGCUGAUGACGUGUGCUCUAGUAGCGUGGGUGCUGCUGGGCGCUGCCGCGGGCUACGUCAGCGCGCGCAUCUACAAGAGCUUCGGCGGCCGCCGCUGGAAGAGCAACAUCCUGCUGACGUCGAUGGUGUGCCCGGGCGUGGUGUUCUCGCUGUUUUUCAUAAUGAACCUGGUGCUGUGGGGCAAGGGUUCGUCGGCGGCGAUCCCGUUCUCGACGCUGGUGGCGUUGUUAGCGCUGUGGUUUGGCGUGUCCGUGCCGCUCACCUUCAUCGGCGCUUACUUCGGAUUUAGGAAGAGGAUCCUGGACCACCCGGUGCGCACGAACCAGAUCCCGCGUCAGAUCCCGGAGCAGUCCCUGUACACGCAGCCCGUGCCCGGCGUGGUGAUGGGCGGCGUGCUGCCCUUCGGGUGCAUCUUCAUCCAGCUGUUCUUCAUCCUCAACUCGCUGUGGUCUAGCCAGAUGUACUACAUGUUCGGUUUCCUGUUCCUCGUGUUCGUGAUCCUGGUGAUCACGUGCUCGGAGACCACCAUCCUGCUGUGCUACUUCCACCUGUGCGCCGAGGACUACCACUGGUGGUGGCGCGCCUUCCUCAGCUCGGGCUCCACGGCCGGCUAUCUCUUCGUCUACUGCUGCCACUACUUCUUCACAAAACUCAACAUCGAAGACGCGGCCUCCACUUUCUUAUACUUCGGGUACACCUUCAUCAUGGUAUUCUUAUUCUUCCUUCUCACCGGCACCAUCGGGUUCAUGGCCUGCUUCUGGUUCGUGAGGAAGAUAUACAGCGUGGUCAAGGUGGAUUAAGGCUAGGUUGUAGGCGACACGAGUCUGAGGCUGCUCAGCUCCGAACGCGGCGUUUGACAGCGAUUUGACCGUUAUACGGCGCGGUUUGUUGUGUCUCUGGUCGUUUUUUGACAUUGUGAAAUUAUUGUCUAUGGUCAAACACUUGUAGGUCUGACCACUAGGGUGGCUACUUGAUUUUACCCUAAUAUUAGUGUGGUUCAUCCAAACUGGAAUACACAGAUAUUAAAAAACUAUUUAUUUCAUUAUUAUACAUUUAUUAUUACGAUCGUAAACCACAAACCAGAGACAAUUGCCGUUUUCUUGCUCAAAUCCCUGUCAAAUUGCCUGUGUGAUUAUUAGAUGGAGCCAUAUUUAGUCUGUGGACCGUGUGGUCAUUGAGCGGUGCGUUGGUGCAGCGGUAGUGACGCGAAAGGUCGGCUUUAUGUAAGCGAGAGCUCGAUUUAGUGAGGGGUUGUUGUCGAAACGUCUCAUUUAUUUUAAAGUUACAUGUCUGAAAAUAAACUCGCACUGCUUGUGACAGUCUUUUGUACGUUUAAAUUGUAUUUUAAUUACAAUUCAAAUUUAAAAUUACAUGAUGUACGGGAUGGAUUUUGACAGAAAAAUAAUAAUCAGUUACUAUUCUGGGAUGAAAAGCACUGAAUAUAGACUUCCCAUUUUUUCAAACUUCAGUGCAGAGUGAAUUCGCUGUACAAUUUUUCAAACCUAUCCCUUACAUCCUGAAUUUGACAAUCAUUGAACUUAUUUUCCCUUGUAGUCUCCUAAAAGGAAAGAGAUCAAGGCAUUUGUUCAAAGGGCUAUCCUGACCAUAUUACCAGGAACGUCAAGUUUGACUGCAUUAAGAUGUCCUCUGAUAUCGGCUUUAAAGCCGUGUGCUGGCUGGCUGUUGGAACGGUUAAUAGAUCGGCAGUAUACUGAUACUUUACACCACUGGGUGAUAGUGGUUGGUAAGCCAGUGAGGUAUGACCGACUAAUUUAACCCAACUGCGUGAUUCACUACUGAAAACUAAACUACAACUUCCUUCUCGACUACUUACUAUUUUUCUACAACAUAUUAUGCCUUCUGAAUCCCACAUAACUUCUACGACUAUUAGUUUACUACAUUUAUAAUUUAGUUAGGGUUUUUUUUAAUACCUACAUUAUAUUAUAAUUUUGUAUCAAUUUAUAAUUUGCAUAAUUUUAUAAGCAAGGAUUAAGAUUUCGGGGGACUUACAUUGUCGCUAUCGAAAUUCUCGAUAGUGGGAAUAGAGAAACCAACAUCUUCAUCAGUGAGCUUAGGUGUAGAAUGAGUUCUAAGCUAAGAAUGAAUAGAGUUUUGAGCGUCAUUUCAUAAUAACCACCACCAACUCUCUCUCUCUUAGUUCAAAUUAGACAAUAAUAAGCCAUCAACAUCAAAUAAUUAGAUUUAUAGAACUUAGAAAAUAAUGGGUAAUUAAACAAUCUUCAAGAAUUCUUGAAGGUAUUUUUAAAACAAGUGAUCUCUUGGUUACAGCACAGCAUUGUUUCUUGUAAAUAAUGUUUUUAAUUCCGCAAGGGCAUUGAAUUAGUCGGUCGUACUAAAAUGUAGGCUUUUGAACCGAAUCACGAAAGGUUAUGCUACGAGUGCCCUAGUAGCGCCGUCCUUAGGAAAGGGCGAUGGCAGAAUAAAGGUCGUCGACCACUUGACUGGUUAACGGACUUAACAUGUAACGGACGAAAGAUUUUAUCGAAAAUCUUUCAAUGAAAUAAAGUACGCAGAAUUUAGAGAAAAAUUUUCAAUAGUCUUACGUCGCUGCUUGUGCCUACAGGGCUCAGAGUCGGAUGAGCGAGGACCUUUAUGUGAGAGACUGCUGUACACAAUGUGAUUAACUGUAUAAAUUUUUAUUUAUAUAUCCAAAAUAAGUCGAUAGUCACGUGAGGUAUUUUUAGUUAACGUUCAGUUUUCGUAUAUUUACUUGUUAGUCGUUAGCUGUAAAUAAGUUUUAAAAGAAUGAAAUGGCAAUCAAAUUUAUUUUUGCUUAUUGAUUAGGUGGUAAGGGUGAUCAAAAAUUUCCACUGGUAUGCAAUAGUACUUAAAGAAAGGGGAUUGAGUAACAUUAUCGACACAAAUGGAACUAUUGUCGAAGUAUUACGGGAAGGUAUGAAUUAAAUUUUUUGUAGAUUACAUUAUUAUUAUAGUUCUUUACACCUUUUAAAUCAAAUUAAUGUGUAUAGUAUUUGUUAAGGUAGUAUUCGAAUAUACAAGAUUUUCUGUUGCGAUCGCUUAUUGAAUAUGUAUCGAUUGUACAUUUUACACGCGCGAAUGAUUUUCGUGGCAUUUCAAGGAGCGCGCGAUAUACGCGAAUCACGAAAUAAAGGACAUUGCACACGAGUACACGAUAUGCAUUUAUGUAGAAAAUUAUAUUUUGUCAUUAACGCGUUAUGCGUAUAGUUAAAACGCCAUUUUGGGUUUUAUGGAUGAUUUUUAAUAACCAGUGAAUAUACCUACUUAUAACGAAUCUAUUUAUUUAUAAUGACAUGGUAAACUAUUAACCACUUUGAAAUGUAAUUGUAGUUAAGGUCAAUUGGGAAAACUUGUCCUGAAGCAGGUUGAUGUUUAUUGAUGACUCGGAAGAUUCGAAUUCUAUUUAAUAUUAGUUUCAUAUCAGGCAGGACUUUCAUUUGUGUCUGUUAUUCUGGUCUCUUGUUUAAUGUAUAAAAUUAAAUUUGGAUGUAACUACUAACCACACACCACAUAAGACAAUGUUCGUUGCACACCUAUUUGAUAAACCACGUUAUUAAGUAAUUUUAAUUUUAUUUAGUUGUUUUAAUUUAAUAUUACUGUGUGUCCAUAUCAUACAUUAUUUUCAUGAGAUAUUAAAAUGUUUUAAAAGUAAUUAUGCUUGAUUAAAACAGUUGAAUGUAUGUAAACAAUAAAUGUACUAUUUUAUAA